AACCUGAAUCCCAUGGAAAUAUACCAAAUAACUUCCUAUCUUCCUAAUUAACCCCUAAAACUCUCAUGGCAAUUCUUCCACCAUUGCUAUCUUCCUCAACCCCCCUCUGUUUCUCCCAUCAAAAUCCAAACAAAACCCUAAACCCCAAAUCAUGUAACCACCCCAACACCCCAAUCACAACAACCACCCUGAAUUCCAACAAACUUCACACCAAGAAAGCCAUUAAAACUCUAAUUGGAGCUGGGUUUGCCCUAACAUCACCCCUGUUCAUCGGAACAGCUUCCGCUGCAGCCGCAGAGCUGCCAUUGCUUCUGGGUUCGUCUCUGCAACUCACGGAACCUUCCAAUGCUCUGUCACUGCCCACUUGGGCAAUUCAUGUUUCAAGUGUUGUUGAAUGGAUUACGGCAAUGAUAUUAGUAUGGCAAUAUGGGGAGAAAUCUGGAUAUCAAUCUUGGAAGGGGCUUUCAUGGGGUAUGGUGCCGCUGCUUGGUGGAGCGUUUUGCGCAUGCACAUGGCAUUUCUUUUAUAACUCGGAGUCACUGGAGGUUUUGGUUGCUCUCCAAGGGGCGUUGACUGUUAUUGGCAACGCUACAAUGUGCAUAGCUGCGUACCGAAUCUAUAAAUCAACACAGGAAAGCUCCACUGAUGCAUAAGCGUUUGUGUCUAGUUCCAGCAUGCAGUUUUUGCAUAGGUGUUCCAUUUUUUAAAGUAAGUUUGCCUUAAUUUCAUCAUUAUCUUGUAACUAUCUGGCACUCAACAUGAGUUGUGUUUAUAAUUUAGUUAAGGAAAACGACAAAUGAAACAAGAUGUUCAAGUUUUAGGGCUAUUCUUGAGUGUUUGGUA